GAUCAUUUCUAAAGGGAGUUCUUGGUUUCCUCCGAUUUCUUAUGAACCCAGGAUGGGCAGCAAGGAAGAUGCGGGCAAGGGGUGUCCGGCGGCCGGCGGCGUCUCCAGCUUCACCAUUCAGUCCAUCCUGGGCGGGGGCCCCUCGGAGGCGCCAAGGGAGCCGGCCGGCUGGCCGGCCAGGAAGCGCAGCCUGUCCGUGUCCUCGGAGGAGGAGGAGCCGGACGACGGCUGGAAGGCACCCGCCUGCUUCUGCCCAGACCCGCACGGCCCCAAGGAGCCCGGCUCCAAGCACCACCCCCCCAUCCCCUUUCCUUGCCUGGGUACUCCCAAGGGCAGCGGAGGCGCGGGGCCGGCGAGCUCGGAGCGCAAGCCUUUCCUUUCUUCUUCGCACCCGGACUUUAAGGAAGAGAAAGACAGGCUCUUGCCCGCGGGCUCGCCGUCGCCGGGGCCCGAGCGGCCGCGGGACAGCGGCGGCGCCGAGCGGCAGGCGGGCGCGGCCAAGAAGAAGACGCGCACGGUCUUCUCGCGCAGCCAGGUGUACCAGCUCGAAUCCACCUUCGACAUGAAGCGCUACCUGAGCAGUUCGGAGCGCGCCUGCCUCGCCUCCAGCCUGCAGCUCACCGAGACCCAGGUCAAGACUUGGUUCCAGAACCGCCGCAACAAGUGGAAGCGGCAGCUCUCCGCCGAGCUGGAGGCGGCCAACAUGGCGCACGCGUCGGCGCAGACUCUGGUGGGCAUGCCGCUGGUGUUCCGGGACAGCUCGCUGCUGCGCGUGCCAGUGCCGCGCUCGCUCGCCUUCCCCGCGCCGCUCUACUACCCGGGCAGCAACCUCUCCGCCUUACCUCUCUACAACCUCUACAACAAGCUCGACUACUGAGAGCGGCCCGCCGGCCCCGCGCCGCGCGCCCUCCCGCCCGCUCCCAGCUUGGCUGGCGCGGGCUGCCCCCGCCCCCCAACUCCGGAGCAGGCGGCGCGUUUCCAGAAAUAUUACGAAAUACACCAUGUGUAUUCAUUAUCUCUUAUUUAUGGCUUCUGCCCUACUUUGGUUUGAUUGUUUCUGGUAUUUAUCGGCAUCCCUCCAGUCAGAUCAUUUGCUCUCUACCCGCCUCCAACCCCCAAACAAACCAAUACGUUUUGAAAAUCAUUUAGGAGGGGACGUUCUAGGGUGGUGGUCGGACAGGGAGUUUCGGUCAGAUCGACACUGGACGGUAGGACCAAAAAAAAAAAAAAAUCAGAAAAAUAAAAACACCAAACCAGAUACAUUCCUCUCCCCGUAAAUAUACCUGUAUAUGUGUACACGCACACACGGCCGGCCAAGCCAGUCCUUGGGGGCUUUGAACAAUGAUCUCAACGCCUCUUUUCAUUUCCCUUGUCCCGAGGAUGGAUAGGGGAGAAAGGGGGAUAGAUUUCAGAUCUGUAAAUAUUUUUAAAAAGAAAAAAUAAACAUUUUAAGCAUCGUUGCUAACUUUGGUGCAAUUGAUUGGCUGGCGUGCUAAUGCGCAGGUUCUUGUCGCUUUUCCACGGAACUGGUUGCAGGCGUGCGUCAGAGGAGGUCUGGAUCUCCCCACCUGGAAGGUGGGGCGGAGGUCAGAAGUUAAAGGUCGGGCGCCGCCGAGAUGGCACGUGGGCUGGAGGCGCACCCCAUUCCACUAGCGGGUGCCCUAGUCUCCGCGCGGGCGGAGACUCAGCCCGGCCGGAAUCCAACUCCCGGGGCGCUGAGAGGGAUAGAUGCGGGACUGCAGUUGCCAAAGCAGUUGCCUUGUGGAACGAGCUUCUUUCCAGCCCUGGGAGCGGCUUGGGGUUGGCGGCAGCACAGGGCCGUGCGACGUGGUCCAUUCAGUGACAGGAGCCUCCCCUCCGAGGGCACAGGGCAGGUGGGGCGGCCCUGCCUGGAUCUGGUGUCGAGCCCGGUUUGCUCGUCCCCCCAGCCUGGCGCGACAAGACUUACAGCCGCUCACAGUUCCCAAGCCGGUGGCAGGGUUGCGCGUCUGGCGCGGCGCAGGAACAGGGCGCAGAGAGGCGGCCCUUCGGCCAAGGAGGGAA